AUGGUCGGCACUCGGAAUGGAUGUCGUAUUCCUCCCGAUGACAAUUCUAGCCAUCUUCGAACCAUUCUUCGGCGGAGUGGCAGCAUGCCCUUAAUGAGCAUGGCUGGUGGUUUGACAGGCUUCAUCACGGACCGAUUCGGAGCCCGUUUCGUGGCCUUCGGCUACUUCCUCUGUCCGGCAAUCGUCUGUCUGCGAUUCGCAGAGACCAACUCCACAUCACACAUAGUGAUAUUGAUCACUCUACUCUUCGUGAUCGACAUGUUCACUCAUGUAUGUGGAGACGCAGCCGGCGCUCACGGCGAUGGAUUCCGCGGAACCCGAGCUGCUGGGGAUCACUUCAAUUAUGUCCGCGGAUCCCGAGCUGCUGGGGCUCAAGUUUGCGGGUGUCUUCUUCGUCCACUCGGCGGCGGAUUUGUGGAGUACCGUUUUGUGUGGGGCGUCAUGUCUGCUGCGCUGCGAGCGUUGGCUGCAUUCACGGCGAUGCCGAUGCUGUGGUUGGAUGAGAAGGAAGAGCACGACGAUGAGAGACAGCCGUUGUUUAGCUGCUGA